GUGAAAGGGGUGGGUGGGGAAUUGGUUGUCAUGUGAUGGGCUAAGAUGGCGGUCUCUACGGAAGGUUCAGACUUGGAAGCCUCAUUGCUGAGCUUUGAAAAGUUGGACAGGGCAUCUCCAGACCUGUGGCCAGAGCAAUUACCAGGUGUUGCUGAAUUUGCAGCUUCUUUUAAAAGUCCCAUCACCAGUUCUCCACCUAAAUGGAUGGCUGAAUUGGAAAAUGAUGAUAUUGACAUGUUGAGAGAGCUGGGAAGUCUCACCACAGCUAAUCUGAUGGAGAAGGUUAGAGGUUUACAGAAUUUGGCAUAUCAGUUGGGGCUGGAUGAAU